AUGCCUCAUAAAUCACGAUGGACAAUCCCAAUACCGGACUGCUCACUGCCAACUUUCCUCUUCACAUCAGCGGCUCAUACAGAGCCUGCUACCCUUGCCAACAAACCAGCCUACCUCGACGCCGGAAAGCCAGAUACCGACUUCCUGACUCGCCGGACAUUCAAAGUAUGGUCGCAACGAUUUGCUUGUGGCCUGACUCGCAUGCCAGGAUUCAAGCCUGGUGAGAGAGUGUUGGUCUUUAGUGGUAACAAUCUAGCAUUUGCUGUCGCAUUCAUGGGUAUCUUGAUGGCAGGUGGAAUAUUUACUGCUGCUAAUCCCACAUUCGUACCACGAGAAUUGGCAAACCAGCUCAAAGACAGCGAAGCAUGUUAUCUUCUAUGUUCAGAAGCAAGUCUUGACACUGCAUUAGAAGCCGCAAAGAUGGCCAACUUACCGACGGACAGGAUAAGGUACUUCGACACCGACAUUCUUUUCCGGAACGGAGUCGAGAAGUCGAGCAAGAAUGGCAUACAAUACUGGGGACCGAUCUUCGCAUCCGAGUCAGAAGGAGAGAAGUAUCAGUGGCCGGAACUCAAAGGAAAGGACGAAGCAAAAGAAACAGUACUGGCUCUCAACUACUCCUCUGGAACGACGGGUGUACCUAAAGGUGUUAUGGUCACACAUCGAAAUUAUGUCAGCAAUUGUCUUCAGCAUCAACAUCUAAGUACACUCUAUCCGGACGCAGCGGCUCGUCGCGAGCGAUCGAAAUGGCUAUGCUUUCUACCCCUCUAUCAUGCAAUGGGGCAAACAAUCUAUCUGUCAGGCGGUAUUAUGCGACAAACACCAGUGUAUAUCAUGGCCAAGUUCGACUUUGUAGAGCUCCUGGAGAAUAUUCAGAAAUUCAAAAUCACAGAUCUAGCCAUGGUACCUCCCAUUGCAGUCAUGAUCGCGAAACAUCCUAUUGUAAAGAAAUAUGAUCUGAGCAGUAUUGAGAGCAUUGGAAGUGGAGCGGCCCCAUUAGGCUCUGAAGCCAGUCGUGAGGUUGAGAAGAUCUUUAAUGGAAGGAUGAAUUUGAAGCAAGGCUGGGGUAUGACUGAGGUAACAUGUUCCUUGCUUGGCUGGGAUCCUACCCAGUACAGCGAAAGUUUUGCAGUUGGUGAACCAAAUGCGAAUUGCGAAGCUAAGAUCAUGGCUGUGCACGAAGAUAGUAAAGGCCAACAGUCGUUUAGCGAAAUCACUGAAAGAGGACCAGAAUAUCGUGGCGAGCUGUGGUGCCGCGGACCGAAUGUCAUGAAAGGUUACUGGCGAAACGAGCAAGCAACUCGAAACACAUUCUCACCUGACAAUGAGAGGUGGCUGCGGACUGGUGAUGUGGCCUAUGUGGACAAGCAUGGACACUUCUUCAUUGUCGAUCGAAUCAAAGAAUUAAUCAAGGUCAAGGGCAAUCAGGUCGCACCUGCGGAGCUGGAGGCUCUGAUACUGGACCACAAGCACAUUGCUGACGUCGCUGUGAUUGGUAUCCAGACCCCUAAUGGCGACGAGAAGCCGAGAGCAUUUUGUGUCAAACAACCAGGCAGUGAGGAUAAGGUGACUGAGCAAGACGUGAUUGACUUUGUCAGUGACAAGGUUGUGCGGUACAAGAGGCUAACAGCAGGUUGCGAGUUUGUGGACGCGAUACCGAAGAACCCAAGUGGCAAAAUCCUGAGAAGGCAAUUGCGAGACAUGUAUACAAAGAGGCAGAAAGCCAAGCUCUAG